GACGGUUCAUCAGUUUAUCCUUCGUCGAUAUGCUUCCGCAUCAUGGUACCCCACAGUUCCCCGCCUUGAUAGAUACUGAAAAUACUGGGGAGCCGCACCUUCUUAUAUAGCGUGGGCCCCGCAGAUUCUUGAGUAGAAGUCAUUACCCCAAGUAUCAUGGCUGGAGGUGCAGUAACAGAAGCUAUCAGCCCUUACGCAGCAAGCCGUCGCAAGGCCCUAGCUGGUAAGUCAGGAUGGGCUGGCCUUGUUCAUAAUCGCAAAGUUUUUUUCAUGGCUGUAUUUGCGUCUCUUGGUGGUCUACGGUUUCUAAUGAGCUGUUUUUAUAGUAUGUAUACUUUCGACAACAGAAUGGCCUCUGCUGUCAACAACACUGGAACGAAAGGAUGGCUUGUUGCUAUCCUUGAACUUGGGGCUUGGGUCGGCGUGUUGAUCACAGGCUACCUGGCUGACAAACUCUCCCGUAAAUAUACUAUUUUAUUCGCUGUAUGUAUCUUCUGCAUAGGUGUCAUUGUACAGACAGCAGCUUUCCAGCCAUCCUCGAUUCUCGGUGGUCGAUUUAUCACUGGUCUUGGUGUUGGUUCUCUCAGCAUGGCCGUUCCUCUUUACAAUGCCGAAAUUGCGCCCCCGGAGGUCCGCGGUAGUCUUGUGGCUCUCCAGCAAUUGGCUAUCACCUUUGGUAUCAUGAUUUCCUUCUGGAUUGACUACGGAACCAACUAUAUCGGCGGAACUGGAAGUACUCAAAGCGAAGCUGCAUGGAGAAUUCCCCUCGCUCUUCAACUUGUUCCUGCACUAAUCCUGGGAAUCGGUAUUCUGUUCAUGCCCUUUUCACCGAGAUGGCUCGUCAAUCAAGGACGAGACGACGAAGCUCUUGCAGUUUUGAGUAGAGUGCGAAAGUUUCCCAUCGAAUCUGACCUCGUGCAGAUCGAAUUUUUAGAAAUAAAAGCGCAGUAUCUUUUCGAGCAAGAGAUAAACGCUGAGAAGUUCCCUCAGUAUCAGGAUGGUAGUUUCUCUUCGGACUUCAAACUAGGAUUUUUUGAUUACUUGAGCCUUCUUCGAUCUCGCACGUUGUUUUAUAGAGUUGCUGUCGGAUCACUUACGAUGUUCUUUCAACAAUGGACGGGUGUCAAUGCCAUCCUGUACUACGCUCCCAGCAUAUUCUCUUCCCUGGGUUUGACAGGAAAUACUACAAGUCUGCUUGCCACAGGAGUGGUCGGUAUAGCAAUGUUUCUCGCGACUAUACCGGCGGUCAUAUGGGUUGACAAGAUUGGUCGGAAGCCUGUUCUCAUAUCUGGAGCUUUCCUUAUGGCUGCAUGUCACAUUACCAUUGCCGUAUUAUCCGGGUUAUAUGAGGAUAAUUGGACCGAACAUGUCGCUGCUGGAUGGGCCGCCUGCGCUCUUGUGUGGGUUUUCGCUAUGGGAUUCGGGUAUAGCUGGGGACCUUGCUCUUGGAUUGUCGUCACAGAGAUCUGGCCUUUGAGCAUCCGUGGCAAGGGUGUAUCGAUCGCUGCUUCAUCAAAUUGGAUGAAUAAUUUUAUCGUUGGAGAGGUGACUCCGACAAUGCUGGCGCAUAUCCGCUUCGGGACUUUCGUGUUUUUUGGAACAUUUUCUUUCUUAGGUGGUCUGUUCAUAUGGUUUUUUGUCCCUGAGACUAAAGGCCUCAGUCUGGAAGAAAUGGACAUAGUAUUCGGUGAUGCGGAAGGACUGGGAGCAGCCGAUCUGAAACGACAAAAUGAUAUCGCCGAACGGAUCGGCUUGAACGCAUAUUCAAACGGUAGCAGUGACCCGGAGAAAGCUAGCGAAGAACGCUACGAAGAGGAGACAAAGCAAAUGUAAUAGUAGCCUUCGAAUUCGAUAUCCUCUACCAUGUUACAGUGCUCCAGCAUCAUGAGAUAUGACAAGUACAUGUACAUUUAUGCCUUUUUAAUCUACAUAUUCGUUACUCAAAUGAA